AUUUUAUAAAGAAAAAAAAAUCUUUUUUUUUUUUUAUUUAAUUUUUUCUUUAGUUGGACCAAAUGGAUGAUGAUGGAUUUAUAAAAGUAGAGCGAUUUAAAUACAAAACAUUAAACAAUAAAAAGAAGAAUAGAAAGAAUAAUAAAUAUAAAUUUAAUGAUUCAGAUGAAUGGAAUAUAGAUGACAUUACUUUAGUCUUAAAUCAGCGCAAAGAGACCCUUUUGAAUAGUCGAUUUUAUAAAGAUUUACUUGUCAUAUUUGAUAAAUAUUUAAUUCCUAUUAACCCUUAUGAUAUCGUUUGCUAUGGUAUUGGCUCUAUGCAAAAGUCGAAGAAUGCCCAAUAUCAAUUUGUUCUUGCUUUAUUAUUAAGAGACAUAUUAAAAAUUCCAGGCAAAAUAUUUAUAUAUGAUCCUGUCAUGACAGAAUUAGAUAAAGAAUUAUGUCAACUUCAUAAUUUGGAAAUCAUUAAAGAAAAUGAAUUUGGAAAAAGAUCAGUUACGAGAGCAACUUUAUUUUAUAUGCCUCAUUGUGGAAAAGGUUUAUAUAGUAAUACUCUAAGUGCUAACUGGAAUGCAGAACAAUUACCUAAUGUUUCUAUUAUCGGUAAUCGAUUUGAUAUGUAUGUUGGCAGCCAACUGGAAAAAGAACUCAUAAAGGAAUGUCCAUAUCUUAUUCCUGCUAUUGACAUUGUUAACUGCAUAUUAUUUCCUAAAGAAUUUGAUAAUAAUCAAAUAUUUAACGAUUUAUCCAUUCAGACUUUUCCAAAGGAGAAUGUUUCUAGAUUAGAUUCUCAAUUUUGGUUAAAUGUACCAACACAAUUAGAAUAAAGUAUUAUUUAUUUUCUUAUAAUG